AGAAGAAUUCUAGUGAAGUGGACGCGAAGAAAAGAAGCUCCCCUGCAAGACAUAUACCUAUCAUACAUUAUUGUCUCCCCUAAUCAAGAUUCACUUCUAGCUACUUGUAACCAACCUGUCCCUGUCUCUAUCUCUAUCUUUUUCUUUAGAUUAAACUGCAUCCUGGUUCCCAUCUCUCCUUCAACCCAGAAAUAUCUGAUCUCUAGCUCUAAUCUCUUAAUUUCUCCCUUACAAUAAGGCACAUAUAGAACAUGGAAGGUGAAGAAGGAGUGAUCGUACUCAAAAGGGCUGAGAUUGAUACUCGAGCACCCUUCAGGUCAGUUAAAGAGGCCGUCACAUUGUUCGGGGAGAAAGUUUUAGCUGAGGAGCUCUAUGCCAAUAAGCUCAAAGAGAUGCACGUUGGAGGAAUUGAAUAUGGGCAGGGCACUUCCAGGCUUGGAACAGUCACAGCAGAGCUGAAGGAGACGAAACAAAGUCUCGAAAAAGCCAAAGAACAAAGGACGCUAAUGGCAAACUGCCUUUCUUCGCUUCAAGAAGAGCUUGAGAGAACAAGGAGAGAGCUUCAACAAUUGAAGGAACGUGAAGUCGAAAGGCAACUGACAGAAUCUGAAAUUGAAGUUGUCAAGGUUGUUGAAGACACAACAAAAUUUGAAGUCAAAAUGCAGACAUCGAAUGAAGAAGGGACACAGUUUCAAAACAAGAGAUAUGUGACAUUUGCUAAUCCGCCUUCCUUGACACAAGUUCUAAUGCCACAAGGAGUUGAAGCUCUAGAGAGGCACCCUUCUCUAAGGAAAAAGAAGAAGAAGCCUUUGAUCCCUCUAAUAGGAGGGAUUUUCUCUAAGAAAUUCGGAAAAUGAAGCUCGUCUCCAUGAGUUGCAGCAUAAGCACAUCCUUAAUUAACAUGCUUUCAGCUCCAAAAAUAAUGAUAAUCCAGUCCCCAAAGUUUUCAUACAAUCCUUUUCUGUCCCUUUCCAUUGUAGCUGAAGUUGACUUGCAAAUGGAUGUUUGAAAAGGUUGCGAGGUCUAUGUAAUAAAAAUACGUUCAAAUCAUUAUGUUUUUGUUA